GCUGGUCGGAUCGCUUGUCGUUCACACAAUGCACUUACUCAUCACCUGUCUAAUUGCGAUCGCGGGGUUGGUCGUAGUAGAAUCGAGCUUGGAGCCGAGGAUCGUCGGAGGGGCCAACACGACGAUUGACAAGUUUCCAUUUUACGCGUCCGUCCGUAAGACCACCAACAAGUACAUUGGAGGCGCAGUGAUCAUCGGUCGGUUUUGGGUUGUGACAGCAGCCCAGUGCGUGGAAGGUAGGGCCAAGCAAGAUCUGAUGGUGGUAACCGGCACGGACUCGUUGAACGAAGGUGGACAGCGCUACGCCAUCGAGAGCGUUCACUUUCACCCCAACUUCGACAGGUUCACCAAGUCCAACGAUAUCGCCCUUCUGAAGCUGAUCGCCGAAGUAAAAUUUACUAAAACUGUCGCUUCCGUAGCGCUGGCCACAAAAGCCCCAUCAAUUGGAAAAAAGCUGCAAGUCUGCGGUCACGGUGCAACCGCGACUCCCUACCUCGAUAGGUCCGUCAAGUUGAAGUUCAUUGAGACCAGGUCGAUUAGUACCUCUCAGUGCGCUGAAAAACUGCACGUAACCGUAGAUGGGUCUCGCUUGUGCGCCGUAAGUGAAAGCUCCAGCGGUGCUUGCGUGGGUGACUUUGGAAGUCCACUUAUCAGUAGAGGCGGGAUAGCUGGGCCAACCAAAUUGCACGGAAUCCUAUCGUGGGACUCCUCGUGCGGCAAAGAUGGCCGACCGGGGGUUUAUACCUCAAUUGUGGCGGUAAGGUCGUGGAUCUUGUCCGUCACUAGAUUGGUAAAUUGAGUUGAUUUGUCGUAAACGUUUUAUGGUUAAGGUACACUUCCGAAAUCGGCAAAUUUCAGAGCU